CGCCAACGCAGCCGGGAACCGCAGACGGCCGAGCGGUCUCCAGCAACGGGACAGCGCGCUGGGCGAGGGCGACGGGUGAUCAGCCCGUCAUGAACCAUGACUUGCAGUCAACAGUUCCGCAACAGCUGUAACCAAGUUGUCUCCUCUCCAAGCAUCCGUCUCUGGAGUGUAUCAUGAAUAAGCGCGCAUGAAGUACAAGGGUUGCUCUACCCAGAGAAUAUCAAGGGCCCCAUCGUGUGCCCUAUAGCCAGGGCAGCCAGAGGCAUCCGAAAGCGUAGGCCAUCAGGCGAGGAGCAGACGAGUAGCUAGCGAGCGCAGAAGUGCAGUGCAAGAGACUCGUAGCAGGUGAGUGCAGGUGUGCUGCUGGCCAGUGUAGCCCAGCAGCGGAGGGGAGGGGAAGGCGGACGGCGCCAUGUGGACGGCCGCGGCGCGUCGGCUGGCCGGACGUCACCUGCCCAUCACCCGCUGGCUGCCCUCGUACUCGGCGGCCGACGCCGCGGGCGACGCCCUCGCCGGCCUCACAGUCGGCCUCACCCUCGUGCCGCAAGCCGUCGCCUACGCCGCGCUCGCUGGCCUCCCGCCCCAGUACGGGCUGUACUCCGCGCUGCCGGGCGGGCUGGUGUACGCGGUGCUGGGCACGUGCACGGAAAUCAGCACGCAGCUGACGGCGCUGGUGGCGCUGCUGACGGCCGCCUCCACGUCGCUGGCGGGGCCCGACGCCGCCGUGCUGCUCUGCUUCCUGGCCGGCGCCGUGCAGCUGCUGUGCGGCCUCCUGCGCCUAGGUUUCCUGGUGGACUUGGUGUCGGCGCCGGUGGUGCAGGGCUUCACGCUGGCGGCGGCCGUGACGAUCGCGUCGUCGCAGCUGAAGGCGCUGCUGGGGCUGUCGUUCCAGGCGCAGGGCUUCGUGGACACGUGGCGCCUGCUGGUGCGGCACGCGCCCGCCACGCGCCCCGCCGACGCCGCGCUCGCCCUCUGCUGCGUGGCCGCGCUCAUCGCGCUCAGGGCGCUGAAGGACGCGCGCGUGGAGGCGGAGGCGGAGGCGGAGGCGGAAGUGGAAGUGGAGGAGGCGAGCGCCAAGCGGACACGGACGCGCCGGCGACGAGUCGCCGCGUUGAAGCGCUCGCUCUGGUUGCUGGCCACGGGCCGCAACGCCCUCGUCGUGCUCCUAGCCGCGGGCCUCACGGCGGCACUCAUGAAGCGGGGGGACUCCUCGCCCUUCCUGCUCUCUGGGACCGUUCAUCCGGGGCUGCCUCCUGUGCAAGCGCCGCCCUUCACCACCACCUACCAGAACCGCACCUUCUCCUUCCCGGAGCUGUGCGAGCACUUGGGCUCGGCCAUUGUCUCCGUCCCCAUCGUCUCCAUCCUCGGCAACGUCGCCAUCGCCAAGGCAUUCGCGCGCGGGCGCGUGGUGGACGCGUCGCAGGAGAUGCUGGCGCUGGGUGCCUGCAACCUCGUGGCCUCCUUCUUCAGGUCGGCGCCCGUGGCCGGCUCCUUCAGCUGUAGCGCCGUCAGCCAGGCCAGCGGAGUGCGCACGCCGCUCGCCGCCGUCUACACGGCGGGGCUGGUGGCUCUGUCAUUGGCGUUCCUAACGCAGUAUUUCAUCUACAUUCCACGGGCCGCUCUGGCAGCGGUUGUAGUCUCGGCCGUAAUUUUUAUGGCGGACUUUCGAAGCCUUGCUCCAAUGUGGCGCACAUCACGGUGGGACCUGCUGCCGCUGGGCGCGACGUUCGUGGCGUCGCUGGCGCUGGGCGUGGCGCAGGGGCUGCUGGCGGGCGUCGCCGUCGACGUCGCCCUGCUGCUCUUCUUCACGGCGCGCCCGCGCAUCACCGCGCGUACCCUGCAGUGCGAGGGCGCGGGCAGCUACGUGCUGGUGGCGCCGGCGGGCGGCCUGAGCUUCCCGUGCGUGGACCACGUGCGCGGCGCGGUGGUGCGCGCGCUGGCGCGGGCGGCGGCGGCCGGGGAGCGGCCCGCGGCGGCCGUGCUCGACCUGGCGCACGCGGCGCGCGCCGAUUUCUCCGCCGCGCUGGGGCUGGCGGCGCUGGCGGCCGAGCUGCGUUGCGCCCCCGCCCCGGCGCCGCUCCUCGUGCUGGCCAACGCGCGGUCCUGCGUCGCCGCCGCCGUCGCCGCCGCCGCCGCCCCCGCGCCCCCGCCGCUCCUCGCGCACAACCCUGCCGAGCUG